UUAAAUAUUCACAUUGCUGCAAUGUAAUUACUCGAUGAGAUGUAUUUUUGAAGUGUUGAAUAAUAUAUAGAUAUAAUCAACGUUUUUAUAGAUGUGGUAGACGUGAUAUUUAUGAGUUCGUAUGCACGUAUCUCUUAUUCAGUCUAAUAUUGUUCUUGAACGUUUUAACAUAUCUUAACUAAUAUAAAAGAAAUAUUUAAACAUCAUGGCAGUAAAUACAGAAAUUAUGAAAGUAUUUGUAUUUUGGAGUAGUGUAUUAGUUUUAAAAAUGCUAGCAAUGAUGCCCCUAACUGCUCAUUAUAGAUUUAAAAAACAGAUCUUCCUAAAUCCCGAAGAUAUGAAAUUCGCAAAAAAUUCUAAAGUGGCAUUUGAUGAUCCUGAUAUAGAACGUGUACGCAGAAAUCAUCGAAAUGACCUUGAAAAUAUCCUCCCUUGGUUUAUAAUCACCUAUAUUUGGCUAACAACAGAUCCAUCACCUUGGUUAGCUGGAAUGUUAAUCAAAAGCUUUGUGAUUUCUAGAAUUCUACACACCUUAUCUUAUUCUAUUUUUGCACAACAACCUGCUAGAAUUUUGUCUUUUGCUUGUGGAUAUAGUAUUAUGAUUUAUGAAGUUUUUUCUUCUUUAUUAUAUUAUUCAUAAAUGAUUUGAAAUAAGAAGUGGCAACGUAUAUUCCAUUAAUUCUAACAUACUAUAAUUUUUUUCUAUACUUAAAAUAUAUCUUAUUAAUAUAUAUUAUUAAUUGUUAAUAUUUUUGUAAAAAAAAUGCCGAAUCAUUAAACAUUUUUAUCUAU